CAGCAGACCCAGAGGUAGAUUCCUCAAAUUUACAAUUUUCCCAAGACUUCUUCACUUUUUGGCACUCUUUAGCACAGUCUAAUCUCUCUAACCAAUCCUUGCUAUCCUUGUAGAAGGGAAAACGCAUCCGCCACUAAGUGAGUCCGUGGCGAGCGCUCAGGCCCUACUGGCGCAGCCCUGCCCGCAUCCAGCGCGGCAGCGCCCUGCUUUACCACCCUCUCUUCGACCCACAAGAUCCCUCCCACCACCAUUCCCGCUCCGCGCGUCCCGCCCACCGGCUAGCCGUGCCUCCCGCCCGACCCACAUUCCAGACCAGACCCGGCGCCGCAUUAUAGGAAGGCCCUUUUGCUCUCUGUCUUUUCCCUCACGAUUGGCAAAACUGGGCACACCGUGAUGCUGGCGAAUGCGUUUUCCACAAGGCUUAGUAAAAUAUCCUUAUCUCCUCUGUACCUUCUAAAGCUAUCUGUCUACUUCGCCCCUCUGUGUGUAGAUCCUACUAUUUUGUAUAUACAUAGUUUUGUUAUGCUGAGUCGUUGCUUAGUCGUGUAAACCUCUUUGCCUGUAAUCCUGUACUUGUCGUUUCGUUAAUUCUUUUAUUUCAAUAAUUUUGACCGCUUUCGUGGCAGUGUCUCACUCUCACAAUGAAAAUAUUGCCUGCUGCACUGGGACCGAGGAACGUCCCCUAUUUCACGUGGCCACCGGUGGACAAAACCCAAUUUACUUGUUAUGUAUUGAAGAUAUUUUGAGCAUUCUGACACGUGAUAAGUAAAGCCGAAAACCCACAACUUCACAGUCGGUGCCAUUCGCCAGCAGGCCUUUGUUGUAUCGCACGGCGAAAAGAAAACAGUUCUUCCUUUAUUUCGUGAUAAAUGUCUUCUAUAACCAGGGAAAGGUAGUUGGGGUUCACUGUGGAGAAAUAUUCGUCAAUUUCUGUUCUCGUAAACUUAUGACCUUCAAAUUUUACUCGUUAAUUACCUGCCUGUGUCGUAAUUCAAACUCAAUUUCCUCCGGGAAACGUUCCUCGAUUCACCUGCAGUAUGUAGUAUUAUAAACAAGGGGGAAAACCCGGGGUUAUGUUAUUCCUUUGAGGUGUCCCCACAAUGAAUGGUUCGCGGAGCGACGCUCAUAAUAGCGCCUACGACGCGCUGAGUAGGCAGACCCGCCUAGCAUCUGUGUGAAGACGGCGGCCUGCUCAAAGCGCCUAAGUGCGAGAGCAUCGAACAUUCGACACCCAACGGACGGCGUUCAUUGUCGGGACACCGUAUUAAAGGCCUGCCAAAUUCGCUCAGAAGGCAUAUUUUUUCGUAUUUUAUCCGAAACUUUUAAAUUUUAUACAAAUUGAUUUCUCCAUAGCUUCGCGUUUGCAACUUCUGGGCACUAUAAGAAUAGUAUUCAGUGAUUUACAAAAAGUUGCGCUCAGUUGUCAUUACUGUUCGCGUGAGCGGUCUCUUCCAAUGUAAACAAGUUAUUUAGUAGAGUAGACAAAGAGAACCCACGGCUAGCUAUUGUCAAUACUACUUCACUUCUCGGUACACCAAUUGACGUGUAUGCCAUAACGAUUUUUAUCGACUAUAAUUACUACAAUAGCCUGAAAAACAUGCCUGAAAUCAGCGUUAAUACCCGAUCUAAUACAUGCCUGAAUAAAAAAUCUCGGGUUUUUAGCAGAGGAGUAAUACAACUCUCAAACACGUCUUGGUUUGUCAAAAGUAUAGUCUAGCCCCAGACACAAUAUCCAGCCAGUCGAUAGCUAGUUCUUGCUGCAAAUGAUUAAAUUAUUCACGUGGUUAGUUUAAAUCUGGUGACAUUUCAUGUGUCAAAGCAAUACAGUAAACUGAAAACGUCGCACCCCAGGUAGCACAAACAUAUCCAGGGUUUAUCGCCCGGCAAUCGCCGGCGAUUUUUAUUUUUCGCCGCGAUAUCGCCGGCGAUGUUUUACGGAUAUGAGGUUUGGCACAAAUAGCACCGUCGCCUCGAUGUCGCCUGAUGACAAAGAUUCGACAACUUAGGGGCGACAUCGCUCGAGCACUAUCGCCGCGACGAAGCAAGCGAUGAAAUGGCGACAGACUUUUCAACGGGUCUCGAACGAUGUAUGUCGCCACUAUAGGGAAUCGAUGUAGAUAGUAAUUGAUUGCCGAUGUAGUAUCGCCUGGCUAUCGCUAGUCUUUCCGUUUGUGCAUGUGCCCGUGGCGAGAACUUUGAGUUAUCCGAGCGAUACAAAAGUUAAAGUUAUGUCAAAAAUGUCGUCGCCUAGACAUCGCCACGUUUGCAAACCGGCGGUAUAUUUUAGGCGAUAAAGUAGCGAUAUUCAGGCAAUAUAUAUUCGGAACUAUAAUUCGAUAAAAAAAAUUGAAAGAAUUUACCUUGGCUAGAUUCGAACCACAUACCUUUGUGUUACUGGACAGCUGCCUUGACCAUUCAGCUACGAGGUACCCGCUGAGAGCCGGGCGUCAGCUACCGGUGUGCCUCUCUUUCUCGGGGACUUUCCCGCCCGCGAGCGACAGACCAGCAGACCAGCGAGUCGGCUGAGAUAUCUUUCAGAUAUCUCCAAGUCAUCGCCUGGGCGAAAAUGCGUGUGGAGGACUUAGCGAAAUUCGUCAGCCGUGCGAUACUAGUAGCUUGCUAACCAGAGAAUAUCUGACAGAUAUCCGUACAUGUGCGUAUUUGUGGUUAAUAUUGGAGAUACAGAAAGAAUAGCGCCUCGAUAUCUACCCCGCAUCAGUGCUACGAUCAUGUCGCCGAGUUAUCACCACAUUGCUCUCGAGGCGCUAGCCCAGGUGUUCUCUCGCCAGGUCAAGAUAUCGCCAGCUUAUCAAAAUAUUUCAUGCAAGCAAUAAUUCUUUUUCAUCUGGUGAGCGACAUACUUUAUCCCAUAUCGCGGCGAUAACUCUAGGCACCAAAAGUUAAUUUGGUGGAAAGUUGCACAGCGCAUAGUUAUCGGAAAAUUAUCGCCUGAGCGUCAUCUAAUGACGGAUAUCCUAGCGAUAGAGUUUUGGCGAGCAUUAAUUUGAUCCUAUUUCCAUAUCUACUAGUUAUCGUGUCACCAUCGCCAGGGCGAAAACGCAAUCGGUAGGUCGAGGCGAUAAACGUAAGCGACAGCAUGGCGACAUCUGGUACAUUUUAUUUAGAGAAUAUCGAACAGAUAUCCACAAAAAUAUGUAUUAAAGUAGACAUCGACAGGAUGUCGCCUCGCUCUCCGCCAGGCGACAGUGUUUAUAUGAUAUCGCCAAGUCAUCGCCGCUCCAACCUCCAGGCGACUCAUCAUCGCCCGAUAUCGCCGUGCUACAUGGGACACAGCAGUAUUUCUAAGUGGUCGUUAAAAUGCAACGUGACCUAGGGGGAUUACAAAUCUGAUGGCCCCUCAUUACACCGUCCAAAAAGGCGAUAGCGGAAAGUUGCCGUUUAAUGUGACUUACCGUUUCAGGUGCCACUUGUGUAUCAUCACUCCACAACAAUACCGAAUUGAAAUCGUGAUGCACGGAUAAAAGAAUAAGUCGUCAGAAAUAAUGAACUAGCAAUUUAGGGAUAGACAAUCCGAAAUUCACUGUAGCAGCUAAUAGUUGGUUGCCAGAAGCAAGAGUUAGUUGCUUAAGCAAACCCGUACCUGCACGAGCCAACUGGUCCGUUCUGACAGCAAAACACCCAAUAAGCUUUCAGAACGAAACGGUUGGCUUCUGCAGCUACAGAUUCGCUGUGGCAACUCUUGUCUCUGGGAACCAACUAUUAGCUGCCACAGCGAAUUUGUUGCCUUCCAAAAUUAGCUAAUUCCUUUGUAGAUCUGGCAUCUAAUUCUUUUUUUUUCGUGCGAUGCCCUUUUGCACGGUGUAGAUUUCGGAUCACCAUUCCAGUUCGUAGAUAUCCUAUGAUAUUCGUACCCCGAAGUACAAAUACCAUGGUGUCUCUCAUAAACUGCUUUCGUGAUUCUCAAGCGCACGGCGUCAUUGUAUUUGUGCACCCGCUAUCUGUGGGAGGUCCCUGUGUUACUUUGCAUUGGAGCGACUCAUUAUGUUAGGAGCUCGAAUGUUAUUUCGCGACAUUAGUCAAGCUUAGAUCCGCCGCGCAAACAUUUAGAGAAAAUAAAAAGAGAGAUAUGAAACUGCACUUGUAGAUUUCAUUUUGUAGUAAAUGAUUGCAAAUAAUUUUUGCUAGUUUGCCGGCUGGAAGUCAAUCAACUACUAAAUGCAGCAUGUGAAACUGUCAAAUAUGAUAAAAUUAAUGAAAUAUAACGCCAGUCCGUAAGUAGACACCAUCUCUUAACGGUACAGGGGUGGACUAGCAGUAAUUUAGCCAUUACAUGUUUUCCGUUAACCCCUUGACUAUUCUUGUUUUCAGACUGGUAAGUAAAGCGUAUUUUACAUGUUUUCUCCAGAAUCUCGUACUAAGAUGUGAAGUCAAUUGAACAGAGUGUCAUGGGGCUCUUUAUCUCUUGUGUUUCGAUAUUUUCUAAUAAUCUGGUAUUGUAUUCUGCCUUUGCAAGUUGUGGAAAGCACGAGUAUUGUAUUUGGAGUACAAUUUAUGCUUUGUAUGUAACCGUAAAAUUUUCCGUGUCUGUUUCCAUAUUCUUUAUUGGCUGCGAUCUUGCUAGGUGCGAACACAAUUUUUGGAAGCGGCUGUCGGCCAGCCACCUUGGGCCCGAUGUGAGUGCGGGGUCUGUCCGCAGUCAUGCCGAUUCAAGAAGCGCCCUCACCAGGACGUCGAACCACCUGCCACCCGGCGCCCAGGCGGCAAGCCGCAAGCAGCAGGAAAUGCACCAGAUGCAAUCGCUCAAGAAUAGAAUAGCUCAAGGGGUCAGUGAUGAUGAACAGACCCACUCAGGUAGCGUAUUGUUUCCAGAGAAAGGCAUUCUCAAAAAGACCUACGGAUCCGUCCCCAUGGAUGGUGGUGACGACUCCACAUCUGACAACCAGGAGGUCUUGUCCCAGUCCGAUAACUUGCUCAGCUCAGAGCAGGUGGAGCACAAGAUCCGUAGCCUGGACGGCUACACGCGCAACAUGCUGGAGGCGCUGCACACGGCGCGCAACAUGCAGCACCAGGGCGGCAGCAACACGCCGUCGGGCUCCUCCAUGCUCACCGAGGAGAUCAUCAGGCGGUCGCUGGAGAGCUACAAGCGCUCCUCCAGCCAGGAGAAGAUCUGCGACGAGGGCGUGGGCAUGAUGCCGUCCAUGGUGGAGGUGCAGUACCCCUACCAGUACGGCUACGGCGGCCACGCCGCCAUGGGCACGCACUCGGGCACGCACUCCGGGACGCACUCGCACGACGAGGACGACGACGGCCCGCCGCCGGGGAGUCGGCCGAUGACCAUCAGAAACCUCACGGAGAGAGUUGGGUACAGCGGGGAGUUUCGCUUCCCGGCCCCCAAUCACCAGUCAGAACCAUGUCAAUCGAAUGGACAUCACUGGCAUGCUGGACAGGAUAUCAUCCGGCAAAUGGAUGCUGUGAGACACAUUAGUCCCUCUGGUUCAGAGGAUCUUCAAGAGAGAAUGUAUAUGGAAGGCUCAGAAUCAAGUCGACGAGGGUCCCGGGGUCGCGACGACAUGUCCUUCGUCUUGGGCCGGUUUAGGCCGAGUGCCAACCGCCACGGCAGCGGGGGCUCGGCGGGGUCGUCGCACUACGGCCACCCCUACCCGGGCCACACCAUGCACCACCAGCUCCCUGACGAGGAGUCUAUAUAUGAGACUGCCGACCCGGACCGAGCCGGGGCCCAAAUCUGUGGCGACACUCCGGAUAGCGAGAGUGAUGACUGUGUUAAAGCUCGUCGAGCGACGGCAGCGCGGUCGCCUAGCGCUGCUCGCGCUGAGAUGGUCGCGGCAAGUGCCAAGAAGGCGGCCGCCAUGGACUGCCCCUUACUGCUGCACCAGUCUCCGGGCAAGGCGUCGACGGCGUCCCCGGGCGGGAGCAAACGCGAGUACUUCCCGUCGCCACCGUCGUCCUCAUCCGACACGGCGGACUCGUACUGCGAGUCGGGCGCGAGGCACGCCGUCCUCGCCGCCGCCGCGCCCGCCGCGCCCGCUGCCCCCGCCCUUGCCAAAGUGCGCCACCUCAACGGCGUGAACGGCGACGGUGGCGGCAGCGGCGUCUCAUCCAAUGGCAGCAAUCGGGACUCGGAGGACGACAGUGAGGCCGUGGUGUCGUCGUCGGCCUCUGACACGCGGCAGGCCGCCGUGCCGGCUGCUUUGCCGGCCGCCUUGCCGGCCGCCGGGCCCGCGCCUCUUGUCCAGAACCACAAAAAGCGGUACCCCGAGUACAAACAUUAAAGUGCGCCCGAAUGCCGCGACACUCGUGCCGCUCACCAUGUUCAGUGCGAGGUUUUCUCGUACAACCCUAGCAAGACUCAAACAAUUUGUGUGUAGGAAGAAAGAAGCUGUUCAUAUUGUUGAAGUGUUGUUUUUUUUAUAUUAAAAAAAAUAAGUGUAUGAUAUUAACAGAAUACUUGAUUGGGAUAAUUGUAUGAUAAAGAAAAUUGUAUUUUAUGUCGAUUCCCUCCGAUGUUUGGUAUUGGUGGCGUUAUCCACAUGAACCCAGCGUCUCUGCCGCUGGCUUAGGAUCCUUUGAUUGAUCCUGCAUCAGGAGCGUUAAUUAAUGAUGUCUGGGCUCAAAGAACGCUUUAUACGUUAAUUUUUAAACCUCCGUCAGAAAGCCGCCAAGUAUGAAGCUGUCUUAUUGAGCGGAGGAGGAAUACCAGGGUUGUCAGAGUGAUGAGCCCAUACAAGGCCACAUGACGAUUUUAUCUGAAGUAUUAGUAUUGUUUAGAUGACGGUGUGCAAUAAUGAUAUAAAGUUCCAGCUUUCUGUGUUUUUGAAACAUGUAGUGUGAAACAUCUUAAGAAAGGUGACAGGGAUGAAUAGCUAAAGACACAUUUACCAUAUAAGGGUCUUUGUUUCUUAUGGAAUAUGCGGUAUAGUCCAUUGCCAUUUGACUGCUCAAAAUCAAUGUGCACCUUUCUCUUUCAAAACUCAUUAAUAUCCAGUGCUUUAGAGUUAUUCUAUAAAUAUCAAACAAAGACCUCACCGUUAUGUUGUCACACUGACUUUUCCUCUAUUUGUGGACAAGAGUGAAAAUGUCGAAAUAAUUUGAUCAUUCAAAGCUGGGGAGAUAGGGGCACAUUCAUUUUCUUUCUUAUGAAAACCUUUCAUAGUUACAUUAUUGUGUUAUUUUAUUGGUUUCCAUUCCUUUGGUGGUAAAUUACGUACGGUAUCCUUCUCCCCAUCAAAAUAGAAAACCAGAGUUCACUUUUGAACAGUCCCAAAAAUUGUACUUGUUUAGGUAAACCAAACCCAUUACUGACAAAAACAUUUAUGAAAAUUUUUGCAACAAUAUUUAACAAUGUCUUGAACCAUGUUUUGAACUUGCUUGCUCUCUUCAAUGUUGUUUCUGUGUGACAAUUUAGUCAUUUCAUAUUCCUCCUGUUUUAAAGUUUAUUUUAAAAUGUUUAUUUCCUAUCAACAGAGAAUGUGUUUAAAACCUAAACUUGCUCAAGCAUUCAGCACUAUUUGACAAACACUGUAUGGGAGCUUCUAACUUCCUACAGAUUUGUGAUAGAAAAGCAUCAUCUAUCGAUAAUGUUUCGUAAAAUUACCUCUUAUUUCACAAAUUUGCAUCAGUUCAAAAUCUCUCUUCUUUUUAUAUAUUAGGAUAUGGCUUACCGUUUUCACCAUCAAAUUCUUGUGUCAAAUGAUCAUUCUGGGUUUUGCGUUUUGCUCACAAUCUGUCAAUGCUAUCAAACAUAAACUAUGUGCCAAUACUAAGCCCCAAAGACAUCGACCAACAAGAAAUGAAAUGAAGAACUAAACAAAGGCUAAAAUUCAACGGUGAGCUAAGUUUAGGGAUUUUUCUAAAGUAUAUAUAUAAAUAUGGAAUUAUAUACGUAUAUAUAUAUAUAAAAUAAAUGUAAACAUAAUUUUUUUAUAUGAAACAUUUGCUCACAAGUAAGAGCCUCGCUACAGUUUGGCGAGUGUGUAUAUGUUUAAGUGUCUACAUAUGCACUUCAGCAAACCAAAAUGAAACGGUGUUAAACAUUUUCUUGAACAAGAUGAUUAGCAGAAAGGAGAAAAUUAGAAUAUGGAUGGCUACUAUAUUCACUUAGACCUGAAUUUUUUAGAUAGAUCAAUUAAAGCAGAUUGUUUGGAAAUUCAGAACUGGAAACAAUGUACAUUACUUGGUCAACUACAACAUUCAUUUCAUGCAUAAGUCAUUGGACAAGUGCAGCAUUAUGGCAUUUUCAUGGCCUAAUACAGAAUAUUAUUUAUUCUAAAGCGAUUAUUUAGAGUUACUAAAAUAUAUUGUUCAUUCUGUUUCCAGUAGCUCAUACAUAGUUGGUUUUCUGAGUUCUCAAAGCCAUCAAAAAUAAGGUGAGAUUGAAUACAUUUAUAUUCUAAAGAAGGAGAAAGUCAUUCCUUUGCUCAUUUCUCAAUAUAAAUAUGCUGGACACUUUUUUCACUUAACUAAAGGCAGGGAAGUAAAUAUUGCUGACUGCGGGCAGUAGCGCUGGAAAUAUAUUUUAUUUUAUUUCAAAAAAUCAUGUUUGCAAUAUUUUCCUAAAUAGACAUUAGGAUACCUAUCUGGGUUGAGCUGCCUUAUUUGAAAAGUACGUCAACCAUCCCAUGCAUAUCCCUUGUGUUCGUACUCAUAAUAACACCAAAUGUUCUUGUAAACAAAGACGAAAACACUGCUUGAAUUUUAGCUAUGCUACAAAGAUCUUUAAGUAAAAUAAGUGCCCAGCAUUUUAGUAUAGUGAGAAUGACUCAAAGCAGCCACUUUCAACUUAUCUUUCUACAUGACAGUAUGUCACUGUGAUAACAAAAUAGAUAUACUUUUGACUAUUAUCACAAUGCUUAAUUUAAAAAACCUACAUUUCCUCCAAAUUGUUACUGCCAUCUCAUGAAUGAAAGUCAAGGCCAGUAUAGUGUGCUGCCAUUCCCUCCUUCUUCCUCUCAAGUGAUGUGCUAUUGCGGAGAUCAUUCAUUUUGCGGACACUUUGCGGACAAUUUUUACUGCACAUUCAAAAUAUCAAUAGAAUAAUUCCAAACUUUAGGGUCACAUGUGGUAACGCCAUUUGUAUAAAAAUCGUGAUACGUUAAAAUGUAAAGAAAUGGGUUCUUUAUAAGUGAAUUAUUUUAUUUGAAACAUUGUUAUUAAAUUUUGGUGAAAUUAAUUUUUUUUGUUAAACAAUAAAACAAAAUAAAUGUGAUAAAGAAAACAAAA